AUGCUUAGCUCGUCCCUCCUUCGUCCGGUUCAGCUACUAAUCUUCGAGCCUAUGUGUCUUUGCCUCUGCACCUUCUCGGCUAUUUUACUUGGGAUCCUCUAUCUCUUUUUUGGAUCGAUCCCUCUUGUUCUUGGUAUAACUUACCAGUUCAGUCUCUACCAAACUGGACUUGCUUUUCUGGGCCUCAUGGUCGGAAUGUUAAUGGCGGUGACAACGAACCCGCUGUGGCAGCGUAUACGGUCUAGGCUUAUUCAUAAAUACGGUGACGAACUUGGAAUGAACGUGGAUAAUGAGCCUGAAUUUUGGCUCCCUCCUGCUAUUGCUGGUGCUUUUCUAGUACCUUGUGGGAUUUUCAUUUUCGGUUGGACAUCCCAGCCAUCAAUACAUUGGAUUGUACCCAUAAUAGGUAUCGCAACGUUCGGCUCUGGAAAUGUACUGGUUUUCACCGGGAUUUGGACAUUCUUAGUCGAUGCAUAUCCGCAGUAUGCGGCAAGCGCCCUUGCCGCUAACACUCUUUUGCGCUGUAUCUUUGCUGCCGCGUUCCCUUUAUUUGGAAAUCAAAUGUAUGAGCGACUCGGCUACCAGUGGGCGUCAUCGCUACUUGGGUUUCUUACAGUCGCUAUGCUGCCAGCUCCGAUCAUAUUUUUUAUGUAUGGGGCGCGUAUCCGAAAGAAAAGCCGCUUUUCGGCCUGA